AGUUCGAAGCUUUAAACUGUAACCGGCCAACCGCGGCAAGGAUGCCCGCUAACUUUAUCCUCUCCGGGUAGUGCACACUCCGUCUGAAGCAAUUCGACAGCCAUGUCGAGAGGGACAGACCGUCUGGUGAAGAGUGUUCAACAGUUCAUCGGGGUUCGGUACAAGGUUUUUUCGACUCGUUAUGGCCAGCAGCUCAUUGACAUUUUUGAGUUCCCUAUUAAGCUCGUUUUGUCUCCUUUCACUCUGGCUUUCGACAUUGCCGGCUCUGCUCCUCGUGGCUUCGGUGUUCCUGAGCUUAUCUCUAAGCUUUCAUAUGCUUCCGUCUUCGCUAUUGCAACCUUGGGGACUUAUGACAUUGCAUUAGAGAUGGGCAGAAAGGUGAUAUGCCAAAGGAAUUGUCGAACAUGCAAUGGAUGGCAAGCCUUGCGGUGUACAAUGUGCCGAGGAACUGGAAUGGUGCAUUAUCAAGUUAAAAAUUACAAAUUGAAGAGUGGGGAGAAACCAACUGCUGAAUCUGUAGCAGAUGCCAUUGCUGAUAAUCGGGCCGAGUUAGUGCAUCUGCCAUCCUCGUUGGGUUUCACAACACCAUUACCAUCAAAAGACUGUCCCUCAUGUGAUGGAACGGGAGUAAUGAGCUGUCCAGAAUGCAAACACAAAUUACAAAUUAGGAUCUCUGCGGAUGAUAUCAUGGAGCCCCCGUGGACAGCCUAUAAUGUGUUGAGAAGGAUGGAAUAUCCCUAUGAGCACAUUGUACACAGUAUGAAAGAUCCCAGUAUUGCUGCAUUUUGGCUUAUUACCUUUCCUCAGAUUAUGGGUGGAUUUAACUAUGAUGAUGAGGUGAAGCAGAAAAUCUGGUGGCAGUACAAGGAAUCCAUGCGAUAUGAUCAGCUCCGAGAUGUAGUGGCCAAACGGAAACCUGGGUGGGAAUAUCUGCAGGAAGCCUUGAAAUCUAUAGACCCUGAGCGUGCAAGGGAUGAUCCUGUUAUAGUGAAGAGUGUUCCCCACUAUAAGGCUAAGAAGGCCCUAGAAGCAGAGGUUAUGAAGCUUGAUCCUCCACCAAGACCUCCAGCUUGGGGUGAGCUGGACCUUCCAUUGAAUGCAUCCUCUUGGAGCGAGGAGGAUCUCAAAGAUCCUCAGAAGUUCUAUGAAAUGACUGUUCUCCUAAAUGCUCAAAGAGAAAUUGCUGAUAAAAUCUUGGAUGCGCAAUGGGAGACUAAGUGGCGACAAGAUAAGGUGAACGAGAUGCUGGAGCAAAAGGUGCGGCCAUACAUUCAAAAUAUGGACAACGCAGUCCUUUCCCAGCCUAUAUUGUUGCAACAACAAACUGAGGAUAAGAAGAGGCGCCGUCGACAACGAAGGUGGUUCUUCUUUUGACAAACGUGUUUAUGGUUUUCCUUAGUCAGUUGUUCAUUCAAAUCCUGCCCACCUAAGGAUUUGGUCAUUUUUCAUUGGUGUAAGUCUUAAUACAGUGCCUGUGAUCUUAUAGUUAUGGAUUUAUACUGAGAAGUUGUUUUGAGCCGUAACGGAAGAAAUGUUAGCAUUUCUGAACAGAGAAACAGGUUGCUGCAUAGCGUGACAAGUAUCAUGAACCACCGUGCUCCCAAAGCUACACGUAUCACGGGAUUAUUGACUUUUUUCCAAUUCAAAUUCACUUGAUCAACCAUUAGAGUCACUUAUAGGAAGAAUAGUUCGUUGUGCGUGUUCACCAAUAUUUUGUUUUCCAGUUUGAAGUGGAAGACAGUAAAUGAAAAGUAACCUGCUUAACCCGUUUUAACGUGGUGAGGAUCUAAGGACUAUGAGCAAAGUCAGAAGAAUUUUUGUCUGGUUAAGAAAAGUUUCAAGAGCAAACCUUUCACACCCUGAAGUACUGUUGAAAUGGAUGAUAGGUUACAUAAAGCUUCCGAAAUCUUUGUAAUCUUGACUUUUAAACGAUUUGUGUGUGUUUUUAAGAAUAACAUUAAUUUCUGAGAUUUCAGUGAAGGUGAUAAUAUCA